AUGGGGCGCCCACCGGCGUACAUUUUCGUGGUCAGGCACGGCGCACGUCUCGACGCCGCUGACAAGAAGUGGCAUCUCACCUCCCCGACUCCUUACGACCCUCCUCUGACCUACGGCGGCUGGCAGCAAGCCAAAGCACUUGGCAUCCGCAUCGGAAAUAUACUUAGACAGGCUGAAGCCGACAUCGACGCAGAUCCCAUGUUUACCAACGGUCGCAAUAGUUCUGUCGACUCGCAGAAGAGGCGUCGCAAGUUCAAGGUUGUCCUCCACAGCUCCCCGUUCUUGCGAUGCGUCCAAACCUCUGUCGCCAUCAGCGCGGGCCUGGGACAGGGACCUCCGCCAGGCACUCCCUCAUAUUCGAUGCCCUCGCCCAGCGCGAACCCUUCCGCUUCACCCCUCGUUCUUCCAGCUUCCGUGGCUGAGGAAGUUGAUCCGCUCUCCACCGAUACGAACGGUACCAAGUCUGAGCAGUCCAAGAAGAAGAUCAAAAAGUCAACUUUGCGCCUAGACGCCUUCUUGGGCGAGUGGCUGUCCCCGGAAUACUUUGAAAUGAUCACACCGCCGCCGGGCUCUGCCAUGAUGCUGGCUGGAGCAAAGGCGGAUCUGCUCAGACGGGAGAACAUCCAUGCUCACGACCACGUCCAGGAGCACUCCCAUCACCAUGCAAACUCAGUUGGCCAAGCCCAGAGUCAGCUGUGGAACAGCCCAAAGUUCAGAGCCGUCCCCGAAAGGUCCGGUUCGACGGACUCCAACUCACCAUCCAUCUUGGGUCUCGAAAACCUCUCUGCCGUGGGCGGCGCUCUGCCACGGAGUCGGGCUGAUAGUACGACCAGCACCUCCAGCCAGCGAGUCCGUUUCACGCUCCCAGAGCCUGCGAACCCGAACGACGGAUACGUAGGUCCCAACCCCAACUACGCUAUUUCACCAAAUCACAAAAUCCCCGACGGCUACGUUGCGCAUGCGCGAGAUGCUUGCGUAUUAGUCGAUUAUCAAUGGGAUUCGAUGCGGGAGCCUCUCGACUGGGGUGAUGGUGGCAAGUAUGGCGAGGAAUGGACAGCUAUGCACCACCGAUUUAGAAAGGGUGUUCAAAAGUUGGUGGACUGGUACACCAUAGCUGAGCGCCCCGCCGAGAUGGUCACCAAGGUGGUCAAGACGUCUCAGAACGGCGACGCCGAGUGUGCUAUUGACGACGAGGACGAUGACGACGUGGAGCCGGUGGUUAUCCUUGUAUCUCAUGGUGCUGGCUGCAAUGCUUUGAUUGGCGCCAUCACGCAUCAGCCGGUUCUCAUGGACGUGGCGAUGGCUUCUUUGACAGUGGCCGUUAGAAAGCCCGGCCGAGACUCCGAGCCUUCCGGCUUGGAUACACCAAUGUCAGAGCCUGAUGUCGACCCAAUGUCCGGCACCAAAGGCAUCAUACCAGUUCACCACUAUUACGAUCUCAAGCUAUUUGCAAACACCGAGCACCUGCGCCAGCCCGUCUCUGCCACUCACAAUCUGUCCAGGGCACCCUCUACAGCCUCAAACCACUCACAAAAUGGACAGUCUCACCCGCGGGGUCGCAUCUCGACAGUGGGAUCCUCCUACACACCGAGCCCGAUCAAAUUCAAUCCCGACUCGUUUGAUUUUGGAAGUCGAAGCAACUCGGCAAACGCGAACCUGGGCAGCAUGCGCCGCGUUUCGAAUAACACAUACUCCCUUCCAAGGACGCCCGCGCUCAACACGACCGGAAUCACAGUCGGAAGCGGCGCAACAAGCUUUACGAAGCCAUCGCCGACGCUCUCCGUUGGGCUGUGGUCUCCAAUCACACCGAAGGAGACAGAAGAAGACGACGAUGAGGACGACGACAUCUUUCCAGACUUUGACCACCGCAAGAAGUUAGCCGCCCUUUCCAAACCUGGCCCGGAGAUUGUCAAGCCUCCGACUCCGGAGAGAAAGGAGCCGCAGCUCGGCGGGCCGGCAAAGGUCCCCCUCAGGCUGCAGGAGAUCUCCCGCCCUACUUCGAGCGACGGCACCGACGAGGAAAACAAGAUUCCUCAGCUGGGCACUUUUGCCAAUGGUGGUUUAUGGGGAGCGCCGCGCCCCUUGGGAGGAACGGAGAUUCUGCGCGACAUGACAACUUCGAAGCGGCGCUGGACCGUAAAUGAGCGCACCUGA